AGUCGUUUUGGCUCACGCCGCGAACUCCACCAGAGGCCUCAAACGCCUCGCCGGGCUCCGUCAAGCUCCCCCCGCCAUGCUGCCCGCUGCUCGGCAGACACUCUGCGCCGCCGCGGCUGCGGCCGCCGUGGGCUGCGCCUCCGCGGCGUUUGUGCUCCCUGGCGGCGGCCUCGCCGCCCGCGCGGGAGCCCUGCCGAUCGGCCGCGCCGGCGCCGCCCAGGAGCCCCAGGAGCCCAGGAGCUUCGGCGCGGCCGCCGCAGUCGCGCUCAUCGGCGCGCACGCCGGGCUCGCGGCGGCCAUGUGCGGCCGCACCGCCAGGAGGGCCGAGGGCAAGUACACGGAGUCCGCGGUCGACGCCAAGCUCUUCGAGCAGGUGUACCUGGACUACACCACCGAGUACCUCAAGGGCCCCAUGUACGCACACAGGGAGAAGGCGCAGGGCGCACGCCCCGACUACCCGGGCAACCCGCUCUACAAGAACGGCAAGAUGACGAGCAAUGUCACGGGCAACCUGAAGACGUUCAGCUCCAACGAGCUCAUGUACCUGUCCAUGCUGUUCUUCGGCAUCGGCUUGUACGGCAACCUCCAGUUCCUGUACUUCGACCCGCAGUUCCCCAGGGUGGACUCCGGCCUCAACUUCAACGUGUCCUACAUCGUGGAGUCCCUCUUCCUGCCGAUGUCCUUCUUCUUCCACAUCGCGUGCUACAUCCAGCGGAAGAACGGAAAGUGAGCGGGGCAGGGCCGCACUGGCCGCGCGCGCCCACCCGCGGGUCCGCGGCCGCGAACCUCUUCUCACCGGGUUUUUUGUAUGCGUGUGUGGGGGAGAACAAAUCAUCACAGAGCCGUCCUCACCCUCCCAGAACCCUGGCGUCAACGACCAGGGCCUCUUGAUUGGCCCUGCUGCUGCGCUCGACGCUGGCGAGGCUCGCCUCGACGGACCACCAUCCAGGCCUGAUGCUCCCGCGGCGACGAGCAGGCGGGGGCGCGGCGCUGAAGACGAGAGGGCCGCCCGGCCGCUGGCUCCAGCCUGCCCUUGGAACGCUGCUGCAGGAGCCAGCCAGGACAGGAACGGCGAG